UUACGCGGUAAGACGUGUCACCACGUGGGCUUACGUCCUUCGCGCACGAGCGCCCAUACUCGCAAAACAGGAUAAGAAGAACAUUGAGGAAGAAGAAGUAGAAGAAGAACAACAACAGCCAUGAAUGGCCAGCUCGGGGAAUCUUCCAAACACCUGAGGUCUUCAAAGACCAAGAAAGCCACGAAGAAAAAGCCACAGCUGCAGAAAAAUGUUCGGAAGGCUUCCACGACAAAGAUACCAACAGAAACUACGGACCAGAACGCGACUACGAGAGAAGACCGCCUCUCUCACAAUGAUGGUUCCACGUCAUUCCACCCUCCAGGUCCUUUCUCAGACCACGAGAAAAAGGAACCAUCUUCUCAACAUAUCACAGCGGCAGUAUCACCAGGGACGCUUCCAAGAAAGAGACGGGACAGCCUUUUCCACACCAGGAGAUUCAUUCAGCGCAAACGAGGAGCUGUUGUGGAAGCAAAGUUGGUGCAUGAACCAUUGCCCGACCUGUCACACACGCAGUUAUUUACAGAAGGGAUGCUUUUCGGCCCUGCAUCAACUGGAACGUUAUGGUGCCCUUCAGAUCCUCCAGGAGUCAGUAGGCCAGGAAACCGGCGACACUCCAGUGUUCGAUUCGGUCAAGCAACCUACCGGGAGUAUGAGGCUACCUACGAGGAUGACAUUUCUAAGACACCCAAGAACAUCACCAACAUCAUCUCGUUCCUCGUGAUCGGUGGCGCUCUUCUGCUCCUCCUUUCCUACCUCUUGUCCAUGCUCAAACCAGCAUCACCCAGAAGCAAAGCGGCUCAACACUGCGUCUCCAAGGCCUGUCACGACUCCACAGCCUACCUCGAUAACGUUACCGACGCUCGUAUUGAUCCUUGCCGUGAUUUCUUCGGUUAUGUUUGCAGUGCCUGGGCCAACCAAGACGCCGACAAGAAUGUCGGGUUCUUGCAAGACGUUCGCCUUGCAGUGCUGAAGAAAGUGAACCAGACGCUCGUCGAAACCGGAACGGUUCCACCGGAUCGGCACGGCACGCAUAUAUUUUACUCCUUUUAUAAGUCCUGCUACGACUUCAUGACGUCUCGCUCGGCAGUGUCCGAGUUACCCCACGCUACGUUCGAGCGACACUUCGGAAGCCUAAGACACUUCUUGGAAAAGCCUUACUCCUCUGUCCUAAUUACACUAAUACGCUUAUCUCUUAAGCAUGGUGUCGACUCUGUAUUCGGAGUUAGUAUGGUUGAAAGUACUGUGCACCCUGAACUGUUAAUAAGCAGGACACGUUCUGUCCAACACAAACUGAGUGCUGACAGAGAUCCCAGAAUGGAAGGUUAUCUCCUGGAUGCACUGCAGAACAUCUCAGCUGCCUCGUUUCCCGUGAAAGAGUACCACCGGAAACUGAUGUCCCUGGAUGAUGCAAUUCAAUCAGUAUUCGCAUCAGACGAAGGAGCUGUGCGGGAGACACAGUUUAGAGAUGUAGAACUACUAGUGAAAGAAGUCACAGCAGAGACUUGGUUGAGGACGGUUAACGACGUCCUGCCGCCAGGACAGAAACUGGGACCGGAAAGCAGGAUCAAGACGCGAGGAUUCAACGCAACGCGGCAAGUCUUUUGUCUCCUGGAUGACAGUAGCAAGGAACAGGACGACAAACUUAAGAUGGUCUAUCUUUACCUUCAACUACUGGCUGAAGUUCUUUACCUUGACUACCGCCGUCAUUUCGUGAAGUCAGACACAAUCCGCACUUGUUUGGAGACCAGUCAGAAAGUGCUGACACACACGUGGUCACUUCUGUUUUCUUCGGCGUCGGAAGCAAAUAACAUCACAUCUACAAUAGACACGAUGUACGCAAGCAUCUCCCAAUCUGUGGUGGACCCGGACUACUUGACCUGGAUGGACAGCGAGACACAACUACUGGCCAAGAGUGCCGUGAAAAACAUCAAGUUAAUUGGCUUGCCAGCUAGGUCCAGUACCGGCAUCGACACCAAUUACGCAGCCCUAACCCUAAACGGAUCUGUCAUAGAGAACUACAUUGCCUUACUGAGAAACGAGCAAGCCAUACUUCACAGGUUUCCUCCAACUGCUGAGCAUGCCCUCUUGAACAAGCUUCAGCUGGACGGUACGCUCUCAUACUAUGAGCCCCUGUCAUCUGUUAUCGUCCCAGCUGCCUAUAGAAUACCACCCAUACUUUACACCAACGCGGGGGAACCGCAGUACUUCGACUUCCCGACGCUCGGAGUCUUGAUGGCCAGAGAAAUCUCAAGAGUCAUCGGACCCUCCGUAGGGUUUCCGUGGUGGUCGGCUUACACCAAAUCGCAUUUCAACCGUUCUCUGCAAUGUCUCGUAAAGAUGCAUGAAAGAAUGGCGUCUCCACCUUACAUGGAUAAAAUGUCGCUGGCUGAAGGUAUCUUUGCUUGGAGCAGGAGUCUGAGAAUAGUGUACGAUGUCCUUAGAAGCCGUAGCAGAGAGCUGAAGUCGUCCACGUGGGAAACGACAGAAGCCCAAAGGGUCUUUUUCAGACGCUUCUGCCUUCUGAGCUGCAAGUCCGACCCUCGUCCACAACCUCUAACACCUCGUCAACAAUGCAUGCUGCCUGUACAGAAUAUGCCAGAGUUUUUGGAAGCGUUUCGGUGUGCUCAAGGACAGGGUGCUAGUGUUCAUGUUUGCAAAAUACCAUGAUACAACGUGACUGUGCCUUGAAGAUGGAAAGCAACACAUUAGUCUAUACUGAAUUGUCGAGGCUUGGUUUCCUCUUUUCUUUGAUUCAUGGGACGGCUGCUGUAUUGCUGCCGUGAACGUUUUGAUUCUGGUGUCACAUUGUUUAAUGACCUCAUAGGUUGAGAUAUUUGUCAAUAAUGCGCUAUUGCGCACGAACCGUGCGAACCUACAAUACGAAUGAAACGUAAUCGAUUCC